GCGUGAGUUUAGCCGCUAUGUACACUGUUUAAGGCCUUACGCGUGUGUACUUACUCAAGAAUCUUCUGAAUGUGUCUUUCUUUAAUUUAAGAAUAAGUAUUCACUUAACUUUUGGGGUUUAAGUCUUGUUUUUGCAAAUGAGAAGGAUCAACUGUAGCCUGAUGCUGUUGUUCAUUGAGGUUAUGAAAAACACUUAGCAUACACUUGGGCAUAUCACCAACAUCAGGCGAUUAAAAUGGUAAGCAAAUUGCCCCAAGAAUUCCGGAGGUACAACCGAAAUCGCAACCAAUUGAGGCAUAUUUUUAAAGAAACCCAACGUGUGCUUGAGGUCAUAAGCCUUGAAAACUUUUUUCCCGAAGAAAACAUCAUCGACGAGCUGCUUCCAACACUGACGUACGACAAAAUUAACCAUGUGCUCGAAAACUGCCCGGCAAUCAUCGUUUUCGGCCAGAACACGAAAGCAAAGGCGUCGCUGAUCAAUCAUCUGCUCUCGACGGAAGUCCUGCCGGUGUGUACCGGCCAGUGGCGAUGGAUAAAAAUCGGCUGCGGCCCAACAAACAUUGUCAAUCUAACUCUCGGCUUGGAGUACGAGGUCGUUGAGAAUCUACUGUCAAACGAGAAGCCUUGGAUUACCAUACCAGAAGAGGAUCUCGUGGACUCGGGCGAUGCAGAUCCCAACUGCCCUACUGUUCUCGAAGUCAAGCUGAAUCAGCCGACGCUCAAAGAUGGAGUUCAAAUAUUCGUCGUCCCAGACUCGGGGGGAGUACAGAUACUGGCCAAAGAAGUGUUCAAGGUCUUGCCGAUCUUCAUCUACGCCCUGGGCGAGCAGCCCCUGUCCAACGAAAACAUGGAGGAGCUGCGCAAUCUCAAGGAAACGUAUCCCUACAACCCUGUCCUUUUCGUCUCGGCCAUCACGCAAAUCAGUUUCGACAGCCUCGACGGUGAGCUCACGAAACCGGUGCAGCGCCGAUUGGCCAGCCGAGGGGGCGUCGAGUCGAGCGAGUCGAGUUCCCUGAAAGACGACUACUCGAUGCGCUCGUGCUCGACGCAGGACGAUUCGACCUCGUUCAGGUCAAAUUCUAUGCGGCUGGAUUCUGUCAAGGAAAAUAUCAAGGAUGAGGACGACGAUGGCGACGACGGCCUCGAUCUCGAGAACAUCGAUGCGCUGGGUCUUGCGUGGCUCGAUCAGCUUACCGAUCUUGGCUUUAUCAACGAGACCGUAGAUCCCGAGGAAGCUUGGCUACACCAUGGACAGAACGCUCACGCCAGUGAGCUGCUGGACUCUUGCAAAAAAUUGGAUCGAAUCCUGUACUUUGUGCGCAAGUGCUUGCAAACCUACCUCGUGAACGUAAGCAACUACCUAAACGACGUGCACACGACGAGUCUGCGCAAAUUCAUCUUGAGCGCGUUCGACAUGGCACGCGAGAUCCAAAUAACGCCGAAGCGCAUACAGUACGCUCAGAAAAAGGAAAGCGAGCUCUAUGCGAAUCUCAUGCAAGUGGUGAACGCCAAACAGGAAGAGCUGACCGAGCUCAUACACAACAGCAUCCAAGAAAUGAAGGAGGAGGUGCUUCACGCCUCAAACAACGUGAAUCUCUACCACAACUUACCGUUCGAAGAGGGAGAAGCCGAGUGCUCGGCCACCGUCAGGGCUGCCACUGCCGAGGUACAGAGACUCGUGCUCACUAGGCUUGGGGAGAGGGUUGCCAAGCAGCUCGUCAACUCGGUCAAUUGUCUCCGGGACACCUUCGUCGGCACGCUACAGCGAUGUCUGCUCAGUCUCGAAAAAAGCUACGAGCACGACGUCAGUUUCACAGCAAGCGAUGCUCUCAGACAAAUACUUUCGGCAGCCUACAGCGUAGAGCUGCACAAUUCGUCGCCUUCUCUGGUGCACUCAUUUCUGGAACGAGUUCGUCAGUUAUUCAAGUCCAUGCCGCUACCAUGGACACCCACGCCAGUUUUGAAUGCCGCCUGGAGACGGAAAGUCACUAUAGACGUGCUAAACUCGCUGAGCCCAGCGCGAUUGGCACGUACCAUAUCAACACAAUUCAGGGACAAAGUCAAAGCCUCGCACGACACUUUCCAGUCCGCCCUCAGAUCGCUGGAGAAUCACUAUUCUGGAAAACUCGAGCGUACCGAAGAACAGAGGAUAGCUAUUAGAAAGUAUCACGCACCAAGGCUGGCUAAGCUUGCCCUCGAGUCCACUUCCAUGAGUCAUAUGGUGCGCUACGGUAUACCUCACCAGGGAAAAGAAAUCGGCCGGGGCCAGUAUGGCGUUGUAUUCGCAUGUGACGGCUGGGGUGGCGCCCCAGGACCCUGUGCCGUCAAAUCCGUCGUGCCACCGGAUGAGAAACACUGGAACGACCUAGCGAUGGAGUUCUAUUACACGCGCUCGAUACCCGAUCACAAGCGCAUCGUUAAGCUGCGCGGCUCUGUAAUCGACCACACGUACGGUGGCAGUUACGGUCUAGGCUCCGCUGUUCUCCUCAUCACCGACCGCAUGAGCCGUGAUCUCUAUUGUGGAAUACGCUCCGGACUCAAGUGGCUCGAGCGCAUUCAGAUCGCCAUCGACGUCCUUGAAGGCAUUCGGUACCUUCACUCGCAGGGUUUGGUGCACAGGGAUAUCAAAUUGAAGAAUGUACUGCUGGACACGGAAAAUCGAGCAAAAUUAACAGACUUGGGAUUUUGCAUAACCGAGGCGAUGAUGUCCGGUAGUAUCGUUGGGACACCGGUUCAUAUGGCCCCUGAACUUCUUUCUGGGCAUUAUGCCAGUAGUGUCGAUGUUUAUGCCUUUGGUAUACUGUUUUGGUACAUAUGUGCUGGUCACGUCAGACUACCAUUGACUUUUGAACAGUUCACCAAUAAGGAACAGCUGUGGACCAGCGUUCGAAGAGGCAUUCGGCCAGAGCGACUGGUUUGUUUUGACGAGGAAUGUUGGAAUCUAAUGCAACAGUGCUGGGAGGGUGAGCCAUCGCGAAGACCACUACUCGGUGCCAUUCUGCCGGUACUCGAGUCUAUUCAAGCAAAAGCCGAAAAUGAGGACAGAUCGCAAAAUUGACCAAAAAAUAGUAGAGGUGAAUUCACGUACUUGGUACUGAAAUAGUUAUGUACACAGUUGGGUUCAAUUAUAUACUCACACCCAUGAAUAAUAUAUACUUAGCUUAUACAUAGGUACUAUAAUAUUAUACCGACUGUGCCAGCUCACAAAUUUUUUACUAAA